CGAUAGAUUGGUAGUGGGUAACCUGGUAGUGUGUGCAAGUGUAGUCAUGGCUGUCUGACAAAACAUUCGAAAUAACAAGAAUUAAUGUAGUAGUUGGUUAUUAAAGCUAUCAUGUCGCGUUUCUUAUGCAGCGCAACACUAUUCUGAUUUAAAUUCUGAAGAGUUUAUUAGUGACAUAGUAAUAAAGCUUCCAUUCAAAUCAACAUACUUCGAGGUAUACUUUGUAGAUAUCGUUGAGAAUAAUAAUAAAUAAGUGGAUAGUAAUUGUGGAUCAGGAAGGAAGUACGGGAUUCAAAGCGCAGUGAUCGUGAGCCUACGAGGUUCUUUUCUAAAAUCUUGUUAAACGAGCGUCGCGUCUAACGACCACCGACGAUCGAUUACGCAAGAUGACCAUUCUGUCGAAGAAGAAGACGAACGCCUCAAAAGAUAGACGAGAAGGAGGCAGCACUUCCGAAGUCGAUGUUCACGGAGUGCAAAACGAGCAUAACUCCGGAUCCAUCACACUACCUAAUAGUCCAUAUCAGGUACGUGCAGCGAACGGUUUCGCGGUCGAUCUACACGGGGUUCAGACCGAUCAUGGAUCUGGUUCUAUCGUUCUUACAGGAAGCUCGUAUGAGACAAGUGUAGAUCGUCGAGAAGAUAAACAUUUUGAAGAAGGAAGUGGUCCCAGUCAUGGUAAACGCCACAGACAACGAGCAAGUCCACACAGUGGUUGCAUUGGAAGAAAUUCACGUUCAAAACGUGAAAGAGAAAGAGACAGAGGUCGAGAAAGAGAUAGAGAGAGAGAAAGAGAACGUGAAAGACAAGCUACACCUCCUGCUGCAUCUUGCAGUGGCUUACAAGCUACAGAUGGUGGUGUCAUAGCUAAUAAUCGAAUGGCUAUUGUUGGAGCUACUGCAAAUAUAGAACAUGAAUUAGCUAAUGGUUAUAAUAGUGGUGAUGAAUAUACUGGCAGAACUGGGAACAAUUUAACUCUAGCUGAAUGGCAAGAGCGAGAUAGGUGGUUUGAAAAACGAAUGCGAAAGAUGGGAUUUAUUGUUAAAAAGAUGGGUGAAGAUGGAGCAUGUUUAUUUAGAGCUGUUGCUGAUCAAGUUUAUGGUGAUCAAGAAAUGCAUGGUGUAGUUCGGAAGCAUUGCAUGGAUUAUAUUGCUUCCAAUCAGGAAUUUUUUUCUCAUUUCGUAGCGGAAGAUUUUAGCACAUAUGUAGAUAGGAAACGACAAGAAUAUGUACAUGGAAAUCAUAUAGAGAUGCAAGCAAUGUCUGAAAUGUAUAAUCGUAGCAUUCAAUUAUAUUGCUACAGUACUGAACCAAUUAAUAUUUUCCAUACAAUGGUUGAAAGUGAUAAUGAACCGAUACGAUUGUCUUAUCAACGUGGUAGUCAUUAUAAUAGUAUAGUAGAUCCAUAUAAAGCUACGAUUGGUGUUGGUCUUGGUUUACCAUCAUAUAAUCCUGGAGCUGCAGAUCGACAACUUAUAUCAGAUGCAGUUCGUCAAAGUGAAGAAUUGCAUAUUGAACAAACAAUGCUAGAAGAUAAAAUAAAAGCAACUGACUGGGAAGCAACAAAUGAAGCCAUAGAAGAACAAGUUGCAAGAGAAAGUUAUUUGCAAUGGUUAAGGGAUAAUGAGAUGCGAAAAGCUCGAUCAGCUAGUAGCAGCAGUACAAGUACGGUAACAAGUGCGCAACACAGUCACGCGCAUUUUCACUCUCAUGGAGGUCGUGGUCAACAACGUAGCCACACUUCUUCUCCGACCACGACUCAAACUAGCCAAGAUAAUUUGCGUAAUUCACCAAAAAUAAAUGAUUCGGUAAGAUACAAUAAAAGAUCCCCGCAACACCAAUCAACUCAAGGAUCUACUAUGUCUCAUCUUGCCUCAGAUUUUGAAUCUAAAAUUUCUCAGGAACCCAUGCCAGGUAGUAGUAAAGAAGCUCAUACUUCACCGGAUAUUUCAUUAUUCAAUCGUCUUCCUCCUGAAGUAUUUGGCUUAACUGAUUGGGAAGACAGUGAUAUACUUUCACAAGUUUUGGCUACAUCACAGCAAGAAUAUUUGGACAGCUUGAAACAAUCACGGAGUUCUGCCUCCUCUGCAAAUGAUACUAAUAAUAUACUAGAUUCCAGUAAUAGUUAAUUUUUUUAAAAUCUUUAUUGAUAAAGUUCAAAUGAAUAAUGAAGUAAAAGUAUAUGCAUUUGUAUGCAGCGUUUUUCAUAGGAUGUGAUAUAUCCGAAAGAUAAGAUAGUUCUAAAUCAAAAAAA